CACUAUCGUGUACUGUGUAGUGAGUACUGAGAAGUCGUCACUAAAUAGUCUAACGUUCGCUAAAUACAAAUUCACGAUUAAACGGUUUGAGUCUACAGUAGUACAGACGUACAAUACCUAUUAUUAUAGUCCGUACUACAAUUGUACUUAUGCCAUAAGGCUUCGAUUUAGAAUACCUACAUUAAUCGUGCGUUUCUAUAAUUCAUUUUUAUAGAAUCAAAUCAUUGUUUUUACUCUACAGACAUAAACGCUAUUUGUAAUUUUACACUAAAGUAUAAUAUUAGUACGACAGUCAUUUUUCAGACAGGUAAGAAAAUAUUUUAUUCGUACAUUCCAAGAAAUAAAAAUGACAUCUGUACCGAAAAAUGUAAAAUUACGCCGAGAACUAGGUUUGUUCAGUGCCGUCUGUCUCAUUAUCAGCGUAAUGUUGGGAUCGGGAAUAUUUGUGUCUCCGGCCAAUGCGUUAAAGAACACAGGGUCUGUGAGCAUGUGUUUGAUCAUUUGGGCGUCUUGUGGGCUGUUAUCACUUUUGGGUGCGAUGUCAUACGCCGAACUUGGCACUGUAGUCAAUAAGUCGGGAGGCGAGUUCAGUUUUUAUCAAUCUGCAUUCGCUGACAUGCAUAAGUUCUGGGGACCUCUUCCGAGUUUCAUAUAUUCUUGGGUGAGCAUCAUGUACGUUCGUCCAGCCGAGGUAGCCAUAAUUAUAUUGACGUUCUCCGAAUACUUCAUCCGGCCGUUCAGCAUUUUGACUUCCAUGACGCCCGAUAGCGAAUACACAGUGAAGAAGACUGUCAGCAUACUUGCACUAGGUAUCAUAACUUUUAUCAACUAUACUAGCGUUAAGUGUUUCAUAAAAAUCCAAAAUGUGUUCACUAUAUGUAAAGUCACCGCCUGUAUAUUUGUCAUAGUAGGUGGACUAUAUCAACUCUACCUGGGAAAUACUAAGAAUUUGAUGACCGGUUUUGAAGGCACGACAUUAUCCAUAGAUACGCUCCCGAUAGCUUUUUACAGCGGUCUUUGGGCAUACGACGGAUGGACGGCUACGACCGUGGUAUCUGAAGAAAUCAAGAAUCCUCAAAGGAACAUACUGCUCAGUAUACUUCUGGCGGUACCAUUUGUCACCAUGAUUUAUGUUUUAAUGAACGUGUCGUACUUAACAGUCCUGUCGGUCGCGGAAAUGACUUCAGUCCAGGCGGUAGCGGUAGAAUUUGGAACUCGAGCACUGGGAAGUUUUAGUUUUAUUAUUCCACUCGGUGUAGCCAUGGCAACAUUUGGUUGUGCGCUUAGUGUCCAAUUCGGAAUAACCAGGUUAUGCUUCGCCGCGAGUAGAGAAGGUCAAAUGUUGGAAGUUUUCUCUUACGUGAGCGUAAAAAGGCUAACGCCCGCUCCCGCUGUAGUUUUACAGGGCUUACUCACGUUAAUUUGUCUGUUGUGUGGAGACAUUGUGGCGUUAAUAGAAUUCGCUAGCUUCUUAGUGUGGAUGUUCUACGGUAUCUCCAUGGCGGCAUUGUUAGUGAUGCGUUAUACCAAGAGAGACGUUAAACGUCCAUUCAAAGUGCCAAUCAUAAUUCCGAUAAUCGUGCUCAUCGUGUCUGCCGUUUUAUUCAUCACGCCCAUACUCAACGAUCCCAAGCCACAAUUUCUCAUUGGUUUGGUGUUCAUUCUGUCAGCGUUUUUGAUAUACAUUCCAUUCGUUUUCCUAAAAAAGAGAUUAUCAAUAGUCGAUAACUUCACUAAGUUCAUUCAAUACUUGAUGGUGGUCGUGCCACCAGAGAACGAGGAAGCGGGUGCCGAGGAAAAUUGUAGCGUGGAAAACGACGAAGGCGAAACUAAAGUUCCCAUGAUUGCCGCGGUGGUGUGACAAUCGUCUUAAAAUGAUAUAUUAUUAGCUUCGCUUCCGAAGACCCUCGAUACUUCCGGAUGGUUGUGUUUUAUAUUACUAUGUAAUAUUAAAUAUUAUUUAUAUGAUUGUGAAAACGAAUGCUAAUUUAAGAUUUAUUUUACGUCAUGUCCACGUAAUCCAUAAGCGGUGAGUCUGUGAUAUUAGAAUUAACGAUUGUAUAAUCUUGUAUAUAUAACUAUCCUCAAACCAGUCGUGCAUACUACAUCAAGAAUAACGCCACCUAAAUUGUAUUAAGGACAAAGAAGUCAAUUACUGCUUAAUUUAUAAUAAUUAAUAAAUAUACUUAACUAAUGUUAUGUCAUAGGUACUUAUAUAUACAAGUAUUUU